AUGAAGCUCGUAACUGCAAUUGUAAAACCGUUUAAAUUAGAUGACGUGCGUGAAGCACUGUCUGAUAUAGGCGUUCAAGGGAUUACCGUAACUGAAGUUAAAGGUUUUGGUCGUCAAAAGGGGCAUACUGAACUUUAUCGUGGCGCUGAGUAUGUUGUUGAUUUUCUGCCUAAAGUGAAAAUCGAAAUCGCAAUCAGUGAUGACAUGGUAGAUUCAGUGAUUGAAUCUAUUACACGCGUUGCUAGCACUGGCAAAAUUGGUGAUGGAAAAAUUUUCGUGACUAAUUUAGAGCAAGUGAAACAGGUCCAGACGCUGUUUAAUUUGGCACGAAGAUUGCUGGUUAUGUAUAUCAAUACAUAA